AUGGGCACUACACUUUCCCUUGUCAAGCUGGUAGUUGAUCUUGGCGGUCCAUUUCUGUGGGUUGACUGUGCAUCUACGUUUCAAGAAUCCUCUCUAAAUACCAUCAAGAGUUGCUCAAUUCAGUGUUCGAUGGCAAAUCUUAGCAGUCGCAACAAGGCUGCUGAGCAAAGAACCAUGGCUUGCCGUGUUAAACCAGUGAACUCCAUUACAAGAAUGGCUGUUACAGGUGAUUUGGCAGAAGCUAGAGUGGCUAUGAUGUUCGCUGAUGGUUCCAUUUCGUCCAUAAGCAACUUCUUUUUUUCAUGCUCACCAGAACUGUUAACAGAAGGCCUUGCUUAUGGUGCCAAAGGCAUGCUAGGUUUAGGAAACACGAGAAUUUCACUGCCAUCACAAAUUUCUAAUACUUUUGGAUAUCAUAGGAAAUUUUUCAUGUGUUUAUCCCCGUUAUCUGGUGCAAUUUUCUUGAGUGAUAUUCCUAAUGUGCUGCAUAUUGGCAGUGAAGUUCCAAAAUCGAUGAUGUACACUCCCUUCAUCUCCAAGCAAGAUGGAUACUACAUCAAUGUGAAAUCCAUCAAAAUUGCAGGCAAAAAGCUGUCGAUCAAUUCAACAUUAUUGUCUGCUAAUGAAAAAGGUCAUGGAGGAACAAAAGUAAGCACAAUUCUUCCUUACACCACAAUGGAGAGAACCAUUUAUGAUUCAUUUGUUAGAGGUUAUGCUAAGGUUGCUAUUUCAAUGAACAUGACUAGAGUGGCAGCAGUGUCACCAUUUGGAGCAUGCUUUAGUUCAGAAGGUUUAGAAGACAAAAGGUUUGGGUCAGGUGUGCCAACUAUUGAUCUUGUUUUGCAGAGUGAAAUGGUCAAAUGGAGAAUUUAUGGGAGGAAUUCUAUUAUUAAGGUAAGUGAUAAGGUUAUGUGCUUGGGAUUCUUAGAUGGAGGGUUGAAUCCAGAGGCUUCAAUUGUUAUUGGGGGUUACCAAUUGGAAGAUAAUCUUUUGGAAUUCAAUUUAGGCACUGCUAUGCUUGGAUUUUCUUCAUUAACGAGGUGCUCAGACUUGCUAGCAUCGCAUAAUGUAUUAAUAUGA